AUGGUGGCAUGUCCAGAGGCCGAGGCAGCCAUCCCCGUCCCUGGAUGUGUUAGAACACUGGAAGUAACCAUAAGUCAGAGCAAUGUUCAGGUGGCACGGGGGCAGACAGCAUUUUUAUCCUGCACGUUUACUACAAGUGCGGCCCUAACCAACCUUAACAUCAUCUGGAUGGUUACACCCCUGUCUAACGCCAAUCAACCGGAGCAGGUGAUCAUUUACCAAGGUGGACAAGUUUUCAGUUUAGCCACCCACCUGAAUGGGCGUGUGGGAUUCAUUGCCACCAUGCCCAGCACAAGUGCCUCUAUCUUCAUCAACAACACACAACUCUCCGACACGGGGACAUACCAGUGCCUGGUAAACAACCUCCCUGACCGAGGAGGCCGCAACAUUGGAGUGAUUGGCCUCACUGUGCUGGUGCCUCCCUCCAUCCCCUCCUGCCGCAUCCAGGGCAGCCUGGAUGUAGGCAGUGACAUCAUGCUGCUGUGUGGCUCAGAAGAAGGGAUCCCCACUCCAACUUAUGCCUGGGAGAAGCUUGAGUCUGUGCCGAAGCUCCCCAGCACCGCGAUGCAAGACCAGAUGCAGGGUACAGUUACACUGCGCAACAUCAGUACGGGCCACUCCGGCUUGUACCAGUGUACUUCCUCCAAUGCCAUUGGAAAGAGCACAUGCCUACUCAACCUGCAGGUUGUAGCACCUGAGCCACAGAGUGUGGGCCUCAUUGCAGGGACAAUUGCAACAGGUGUGCUGGUGGUCAUCAUUUGUUCUCUUCUUGUGGUGGUCACACUAUUCUACUGGAAGAACAAAAAUAAAUAUGAAGAUGAUGAGAUCCCCAAUGAGAUCAGGGAAGAUGACCUCCCACCAAAGAGGUCCUCUUCAGUGAAGGCUUUCCAUGCUGAUGCAUCAUCAUCAGAAAACGACACACUCACUUCAACCAACACCUAUAACAGUCGAUACUGGCACAACCCCAAGCCCAACUAUGACACCAAUUCAUAUACACGCUACAAUGGAGAUACACGACAGACCUUUUCUCCUGGUCCUGUUUCUUCCACUCACCCCACCUUUGCCAAUGGCAGCCACACCCUUCCUCCGCCGAAAACUCUGGUUGUUACCACCAACUCGGCUCCCUCCCCACCUGCCAUGGUGCGGAGCAAUGGCUCCAUCAGCUUAAAGCAGGUUCCAGCUCAUGGCCAGCACACUCACUCAUAUGCUGUGAGCCAAGCUACACUGGAGCGCAUGGGUGCUGUGCCAGUCAUGGUGCCUGCUCAGAGCAGGGCAGGCUCCCUGGUCUAAAACUCUCCUUUGCAUCUUUCCUUUUCAUUCAGCAAACAGAAUUGUAUAAUUUACAGUUUUGCAAUUUUUACAAUUUAGAGUUAAUUUUAUGCCAACACUGUUUUAAGGCAACACUUGGCUUAAGUUCUUUUUCUUUUUUUUUGCUUUUUUAAUAGCUUUUUGGUCUGUUUUUUAAACUCAUGUUUUUGACAUAGCAAUGACAGAAUACCUUUUGGAAGCAACGAGUAAUUUGUGGUAAAGUAAGCAGCUAUGUAGUCACUGAGAUGUGUCUGUAUGUUCAGAAUUUUACUAAUAACAUAAAUGCAAUUUGGGCAUUUUAUAAUAUGUUAAUAUUAGAAAAUGUAGGUUAUAUAUUUGAUAAU